AGCAGCAGUGCUGAUUCCACUGGGAUCUGUAAGAGUGGCCCCUCUGUGCAUGCAAAGCAGACAUGUCCAGAACAAGAAACAGUGAGGGGAAUGUGCUGAAGCGUGUGGCAAAACUGCCUCUCAUCAGCUCAGCGCUGCAGCAGGCCUUUUCCAUCUACAUGGGCGUGAAAGGUCGUUAUCCGCUGCUCGGGUUUGUGGGAGGAGUAGCAGAGCUGGGUGUCCGCAGUGCAUCCACAGCAGCUCUGCAACAAGCAGCACCUCUGCUACUGAACCUAGAACCAGAAAUUGAGGCGGUGAACAGUUUUGCACUGGUGGGUUUGGAGCAACUUGAGAAGUUUUUCCCUAUCCUCCAACAGCCCACAGAUGAGGUGGUUGCUAAUCUAAAGGAUGCUUUCUUCUCGAGGCUGGAUGGUGCACAGUCUCGAGUAAACGAUGAGCUGGACAGGGCCGUGAACAGGUGGGAUGAAGUGAUAGAGCUCAGCUGGCGCCUCCUGGCGGAAGCUCAGGAUUCAGCACCAGGGCGCGUGAUCACCGCUGGCCUGGAUGAGCUCAUCACUCAGUCAGAGGCGGCAGUGGCGUACUAUCUACCUCUGCCACCCACGCUGCGUCGUGAGUGGGAGAGAAGAGUGCAAAGCUAUGAAGAUGAGGAUGAUGAUGAUGAAGAAGAAGAGCCUCGGAUGUGGACGCGGAUCCGUAGCCUGUUGUUGUGCCUGUACCUUCAGCUGUACCACAGACUGAUGAAGCUGAGAGAAAGAGUGGACAGUGUUUUGCAGAUGCUGGGGGCAGCUGCUGAAACGGUGGGUCUAACGCAGUUGAUGCAGAUGUUGGAGUCCCUGCUGCAGCUGCUUCUGUCUUUUUACGCGUCUCAGGUGCAUCGUGGGGAGGAGCUGCGUUCUCUGCUUGUAGCUCAGCUCACAUCAGGUAUACAGGCACUGAAGGUUUUGCCCCCUGUACAACAGAUACUGGCUUUACCUACUCAGGUACGCACUAUCAUGAACGACCUACUGGAACUGGGUCAGAUUCUCAUACAGCUGCUCAUCAACACCACCCCGCUCUAUGACCUGAUGAAACAGGUUUCUGAUCUCGAUGCAGAAAACAACCCAACUCCAGAUGAACUUCCUGAGAGUCCCUCCAGCCGUGCCUUUGCAAACAGCCUCUUCCUCAAAGCCAUGGACGGUCGUCCACGUCGCCGCAGAAGCCUUUAUGCCCGUUCCCGUUGUGGGUCCACCAGCGGGCUUCCAACAAGCCCAGCUCCCUCUCCGACUCCUACCCCAGUCCCAGCAAAUGGCAGAAAAGGCAGUUUGAAGCUAGAUUCCCAGCCCUCGGGCCCUCCAGAACUUGACACACUGGCUGUGCCCACUACCGAUAUGAUCCGCCGCCGUUCCUCUGCCACCGAGGUCCUGCUGGGUCCCAUUAUGCAGUUAGUAUCACAGAGCCAACGAGCGUUUGAGUUUCUGAGCUCUGACCCUUCAUCUGAAGAUCAGGUCAUACCUGUGGUGGAAACCACAGAACAUUAGGCUCCACUU